ACGUUCUUUCAUAUCAAUUCGUAGUAUUUUUUGUAAAUUACAAAAAUAUGACAAGUCAUGAAAAAGAAGUAAUCGUCGAGACGAAUUCUUGUCGUGUCAAAGGAUUAUCUAAGAAAAGUCUCUUAGGUGAUGAUUAUUAUUCGUUUCAAGCCAUUCCUUACGCAAAAAAUCCAGUUGGAGAUUUGCGAUUUAAAGCACCUGUUCCCGUGGAUUCAUGCCCGAGUGACAUAAUCGACGCCAGAUUCGAAGGUCCCGUACCUUUUUAUGUCGAAAGUCACUUUGAAACUUAUCCACAAAGUGAGAAUUGUUUGCAUUUAAACGUUUACAGCAAAAAUUUAAAUCCAUUGAAUCAACUCGCCGUGAUUGUCUUUAUCUAUGGCGGGGCAUUCAACUCUGGUUCGAGCAUGACAAAGCUUUAUGGACCCGAUUAUUUCAUGCAAAAAGAUGUCGUUUUGGUUACCUUCAAUUAUCGCGUUGGUCCUUUGGGUUUUCUGCAUUUUGACGAUCCUACGCUAGGUGUCGCUGGCAACGCUGGCCUGAAAGAUCAACUUCUCGUACUGAAAUGGGUUCAAGCGAACAUUGAGAAAUUUGGCGGGAAUAAAAAUAAUGUCACCUUAGUUGGAGAUAGUGCUGGAGCGGGAUCUGUUAGUUACCAUUUAGCUUCUGAAGCCUCAAAAAAUUUGUUUCAUCGAGCAAUUUUGAUGUCUGGAACGACAUUUUGUGAUUGGGGAGUAAUGGCGCCAAAUCAUUUGGGAUUCUAUCUUGCGAACGCUACUGGAUGGAAUGGAAAUGGCGGCGAAAAAGGGGCUUAUGCGCAUUUAUUGACUGUCGAUCCGGAAGUUUUAACGAAAGCUAGUACUUCAAUUUUGACAGAUGAGCAUCGAAAACAAGGAUUGAUCUUUCCCUUUGGACCGAUGGUUGAAAAUUAUGACACUGAAAUGUCUUUUCUUCGAGAACAUCCUGUUAAGCUUUUAAGAAAUGCUUGGAGCAAAGAUAUUGACAUCGUUAUUGGCUGUACUUCACUUGAAGGAUUAAUGGUUGCCAAUACUUCAAUGUAUGAAGAACAUCGUAAAUCUAAUGAACCAUCUUUAUUCAUUCCUUUCGCUGCUCAAACCGGAAAAUCUCAAGAGCAACUUUCACAGGAUGUUAAAAAAAUUAAAGCUCUUUACAAUAAUUUUCAAGAUAAAAAGUCAUUUUAUGAGUUCGUUUCUGACUCACGAUUUGUCCAUGGAGCUCAUCGUAACGUCUUAUCACGCCUUCAUCAUCCUGGCCUUGGUAAAACUUACUUUUAUCGUUUCUCCUACGACUUUCCGGAACGAAACCAUCAUAAAAUCGUUUUUGGAGCUAAAGGUCUUGCUGGAGCUGCUCACGCUGAUGAUCUUUCCUACAUUUUCACGAAUGGUUGGGCGCCACCUCCUGCCAAAGAUACCGCUGAAUGGAACGCCAUUCAAAAAACUCUCGAUUUUUACGUAGGAUUUGCCAUUCACGGAAGUCAAAAGAUGCAAGAAAUUGGCUGGAAUGAAGUCAAAAAGGAAGAUUUGCCUUACAACUAUGAAGGUAUGGAAAUUGACCAAGAAUGGCGAAUGCAGAAAAUGCCAGAACUAUCAAGAAUGCCCGUCUGGGAUGAUUUGUUUCAAAAAAGUGACUUGUAUUGUAGAAUUCUUUUAGUAGUGAAGACGUCUUUAUUGCAAAAAAAAAUCUCUCUCAGAAAAAUGACUCAGGAAGUGUUGAUUGACACGAAAUCUGGCAGAGUCAAAGGUCUUUACAAGGAAAGUCUCUUAGGUGACGAAUAUUUUUCGUUUCAAAGCAUUCCGUAUGCAAAAGCGCCAAUUGGAGAACUGAGAUUUAAAGCUCCUGUCCCAAUCGAUCCGUGGGAAGGAACAGUAGAUGCCACGAAAGAAGGACCUGUUCCUCAUUACGCAAGAAGUCAUUUUGGUCAUUUGGUGGUCAAAUGUGAAAAUUGUCUACAUUUGAAUGUUUACAGCAAAAAUGUUCACCCAACCCAAAAAUUGCCUGUGAUAAUUUUUAUCUAUGGAGGUACUUUCAACUCUGGCUCUAGCAGUACGACUUCUUAUGGUCCCGAUUAUUUCAUGCAAAAAGAUGUCGUGUUAGUUACCUUCAACUAUCGCGUUGGUCCUCUUGGUUUUUUGCACUUUAAUGACCCAUCUUUAAAUAUUCCCGGCAAUGCUGGUCUCAAAGAUCAACUUCUCGUCCUGAAAUGGGUUCAAGCGAACAUUGAGGCCUUUGGAGGUGACAAAGAUAAUGUCACUUUAGUCGGAAAUAGUGCUGGCGCAGCUUCCGUUGGUUAUCAUUUGCUCGUCGAAGCUUCCAAAGAUCUCUUUCAUCGAGCAGUUUUGAUGUCGGGAACAGCUUUUUCAACUUGGAGUGUAAUGCCGCCUAAUACGUUGAGCUUGGAUUUGGCAAAAGAGACUGGAUGGGAUGGCAAUGGCGGAGAUCGAGGUGCUUAUGAACAUCUUUUGACUGUGGAUGCGGAUACGUUGAUGGAAAAAAGUAAAAAUUUACUCACUAAAGAUCAUUUAUUGCAAGGAAUUUUAUUGGCAUUUGCUCCAAUGGUCGAGACCUAUGACAGUGAGUCGAGUUUUAUGCGGGAACAUCCAAUUAAGCUCGCUCGGAAUGCUUGGAGCAAAAAUAUUGACAUCGUAGUUGGUUUUGUGACAAAUGAGGGACUUUUUCAAACCACGAAUGAGAAUAAAAUGUUUUACAAAAUGGUCCCGAGUUACCAUCUAGUUGUGCCUCAAGACGCUAGAAAAGAUAAAUCUGAAGAAAUUUUGAUGAAUCACGGAGAAAAUAUUAAGAAAGUCUAUAAUGACUUUCAAGAUCUCUCAACGGACAAUUUGAAACCAUUUUUUGACUUCGUGACUGACUUGACAUUCCUUCACUCCAUCCACCGCAACAUCCUCUCGCGUUUCAAGCACGAAUCAACAGGAAAAACUUUUCUUUAUCGCUUUUCUUACCACUUUCCAACGCGAAAUCAUCGCAAACACGCUUUUGGUGCCGCUGCCCAUGACGGAGUUUGUCACGGCGACGAUCUUUCCUACCUUUUCACGAAUGCUUUUGGUCCAGUGCCGGAAAAAGAUACCGAUGAAUGGCAUGCGGUGCAAAAAACAGUUCAGUUUUUGACAGAUUUUGCAACUAAGGGAAGUCAAAAGAUGGAAGAACUUGAAUGGAAAGAGAUUGAGAAGCAUGAGUUGCCUUAUGAUUAUUGCUGCAUGCAAAUCGGGCAUGAAUGGAAAUAUACCAAAGUGGAUGAAAUUUAUCGGAUGCAAGCAUGGGACACGAUCUAUGAGGAACAUGAAUUAUGUUAAGUGACCAAAUUUGUGAUUUUAAAACAAAAUCUGACAAGUAUUAUAAAAUAAAAAAAAAGUUAAAUUUUUGAAA